AAGUGCAGCCUCAGAGCGACUCAGCUGCAAAUAAACUGACACACUUUAUAACUAAUAGCUGCGGGUUCAUUUCCCCCUGAAUCCUCCAGCAGAGACCAAGAACCUUCUGACCUGAAAGCUGAAAUAUCUGGAGGCUUUUUAAAGAGAGUGCGAGCUGAAAAACCAUGAGUCACCUCAACCCAGGACUUAUUUCAGCCUACAACAGCCUCACAGACAAACAUCUGGCUGGAUACUUCAGUAACACUCGGAUCAGAAGACACCUGCAGAGAGCCGGACUGAUCACCCGGAGCGGGCGGAUUGUUCCAGACAAGGAGUACCGACACAAGCUGAUCCAGAGAGCCCACCAGAGACACGUCCGAGAAUGUCUGGCCCAGGCCAUUUUCCACAAGGUGCUGGAGAUGGAGCGUUUCCACCAAAUAGAGAUCAAAAGGAAACUGGAGGAGUUUGCAAGGAGGGAAAGAGUGCAUAAGAUCAAGGUGGAUCGCUCUAAAAGGUAUGAAGAAGACAUCAUCCGUAUCCUUUCUCCACGCCCACCCACGGGGGCCAGAGGCAUCCGAAAACAGCACUCUGGGCCAGAGGGGGAGCACUCUGAAUCCUCCGAAUCUCCGGGCUCGUCUCGACCCAACACGGCUCCAGGGAAGAUGCAGAGGCCGGUGCGUCUGAAGCCGAUCCACAGUAACAGCACCACAGCUUCGCUCAGACGCAGCUCCCCUUACAGAGUCCUGGAGCCCUCCAAUGAGAACGAACAGCCGUUCAACUGCACUAUGGACAAGGAGUCCCGGAGAUGUCGGACCAAAACAGAGGCCUCCCGUGGCAUCUCGCCCUACUGCCUCCCAGUCAUCAACAACUUCGUCACCCCAGUGCCUCCAGCCACGAAGAGGAAAGAGAGGGGGGUAAAGGUCACUCCCAGCGGCACGCUCAGAGGACGCAGACUGCGUCCCACCACCGCUUCCAGCGGAGCUGACGUCAAUGAGGACCCCCCCAUGCUGAGGAGCUCUGUGCACCAGAGCAGAGUGUGUGUGAACAUGAUGUACUUUGGCAAAUCGGUGCAUCUCUCCCACGACCUGAAUGACAUGAGGGACGAGGUCAAAGUGUUUCAGCAGCACUGCGGAGGGGAGAACCUGUGUGUUUUCAAGGGCAAGCUCCGUGAGGGAGAGACUUUCCAGUUCAUUUCAAGGCGACACAGAGGAUUCCCCUUCAGCUUGACCUUCUUCCUGAAUGGGCUGCAGGUGGAGCGACUGAGCUCCUGCUGCGAGUUCAAACACAGGAAGGGCUCCAGACUCGGUGGCCGGCACGGACACUUUGGCUUCUGCAGCGUAGAGGGAGCCUCUCCCUGUUACAAGUGCAUUAUAGCGAUGGGAUUGGACAAGAAGCCCACUCCUCCACCAAAGAGGGUGAAAGAGGACAGUGGAAGAGAGGAGUCAGCCAGCAGCCCAAAGGAUGCUGCUGAGAUGGAGACGGAGAGGACCGGAGGGGACGCGUCCCACUCAGAAUGUGAAACCAGCCAACCGCAAGACAUGGAAACUCAAAUCAAAGAAGAAGUAGCAGCUGAGGAAGACAGAGUCAGAGACGAUUAUGAGGAAGACUUUGAAGCAGACGACGAAGGCCCUGCAGAAGAUGCCGAAGCAAAAGAAAAGAAAUCCCCGUCUCCAUCUGGUGAAACUGAAAGGCAGGUUAAAGAGAGAGAAGCUCCUGAGACUGAAGACGAUGAGAAAGAUGAGGACAUAAAGUCUCGUUCAGGCUCCAGCUCCUCAGGCAGCGACCAGGAGGAGAGUGAUGCUGAGGCCACCAAAGACGAAGAAGAGAAAGCAGAACAACUGGAAGAGGUCAAUCAGGACCAAACUCCUGUUCCACAAGAAGAAGAAAAAGAUGAAACGAAUCCAGAAGAAGCUGCUGAGACUGAGACUGAGCCUGCUGCGCCCAAAAACUCAGAAGUCCAGGACAGUGCGGGGGACAGCACAGAGAUAGACGUCUCUGACAACAAUGUCCCCUCCGGGAACGAGAAUAAACAGAGUGAUGACACUGCAGGAGAAAAGGAGGUGGAGAAAACGGUAGAUGAGAACAAACAGGAGGAGGAUCCGGAGAGGGCCAAAUCUGUGCAGGAGAAGCUGGCAGAAGCCAUUCUGAAGGAGUCCCAGUGCAGCUCCGAGCCCGAACUGAGCGACACCAGCACCGAGGAGGAGGAGGAGUCGGCAGAUAAAGGCCCUGAACAGGACAGCGAAGAUGCAGUUGCGGUGAAAUCUGUGACAUUUACAGAACAGCAACAGACCCUUGUAGAGGAGACAAAAUGUGAGGAAGGUGUUGUUGGUGAAGCCGAAGUGGUACAAGAGACGACUGAAGCAACAGAACAGGAGGUUGAAGCUGAGCAAGAUCCCCCCGAGAUCAGUGACGGGACUAAAGAUGAGAAGAUAGUGGAGAAUGAUGAAAAGGCUGCAUCAGAAGAAGAGAAAAACACAGCAGAGAAUGACAAAUCAGAGGACACAGAAGAUACAGGUGCAGCUCUGCCACCUGUACCCGAAGAGGAAAUGGCAGAGGAGGACAAGACUUCAGAACAUCAAGAAGAUGCAGCAAAUAAAUCCAUUAAUGGGGAUGCUGCAGAGAAAGAAAAUGAGGAGAAAACCGAAGCGGAGGCUGACAUGCAGCCCGACGAGACGGGGCAAGGGGCAAAAAGCAGCGAGGAGGAUGAGUCAUCAGUAUCAGAGCUGAAUAAAAAGACUGAUGAGACAGCAUUGGCAGAUAAUGCAGAGGCGGAGGCGAUGACAGUGAGCGAAACAAUGGAGAUGAAAGCAGAGCCCUCAGAGGAACGAGAGGCCCUCGACUAUGAAGAGGCACCUGUAACCGACACAGAGAAGAGAGACAGCAAGGACAGAGACGCAGCAUCAAAGACAGAAGUCACGGAGGAGAAUUCAAGCAGCUCGUUGGAGGGGAGCGGAGACACCACAGUUGAAAAAACAGCAGAUAUAAGUGAGGAAAAUGAACAAGAUGAGAGCAGUAAAGAUGAUAUUAAAGAAGAUGAAGUGCCAGCAGCAGUAGAGGCUGGUGAGGAUGAUAAUCCAGAAGAAACGAGUGUUCUGGGAGAGGAGCAGACAGAGAAAUCCUCUGUGGAAAAAGAGGAUAUAGUGGAAGAGAAAUGUGAAGAAGAAGUUGAGGAGGAAGAAAAGCAAGCAAAUCCAGACGAGAUAAUAGAAAGCGAAAAUAGGGAGGAAAAGGAAAAGGAUGAUAAAGCUGAGACAGAAGAACAAGAGAAGAAUGAGAGAAAGACAGAAGAAAGCAUAGAAAAUAAGGAAAACAUUUCAGAGGGGCCUAAAAAUGACACAAACACUGAAGAAAAGGCAAAUGAAGAACAAGCUGAGAAAACACACGGUGAAAAUGAUAAAAUUGCAGAAGAGAUCACAGACGAAUCAGAAAAGACAGAGAGAGACGAAGAUAAUGAAUGUGUCCAGAAUAAAAAUGACGAGGAAGAAUCAGAAGACAAGGAAGCUGCAUCUGAUAAAACUAAUGAGGGCGAAGAGCUGGGUAAAGCUGCUGGUGAAGAAAAGGAUGAUGAAACUGAAAAAGAAGAGAAAGAUCAGAACGAGGCCGAAGCCGAGAAAGUUGCAAUGAAUAAUGACGAUGAAGAAUCUGAAGAGAAAAAAGUUGAUAAGACUGCAGAGGGAGAAGAAAUAUCUGAGAUCACAGGGGAAUCUGAGAAAAGUGCAGAUGCAGACGACAUGAAAAUAUCUGGUGAAAAUAUUGUCAAGUCAGAGGAUGUGGCCGACAGUGAACAAACAAAUGUUGCACAAGAGAAUAAACCAGCUAAAGAGGCACCAAACAAUGAAGAUGUGGCUGAAGGUGUUGAGAAAGAAACUGAAAUAGAGAGUGAAAAAAGCGUAAAAGGAGAAGUUGACGGUGAAAAUGGAGAGAUUUCUACCGAAAUAGAGGCGGAAACUCAGAAGGAUAAAGCAGAGGGUGAAGAGGGUGAAAAUGACGUGAAAACAGCAGAGAAUAUGGAAGAUGGGAGAGAAAGAGACGAGUCUGAGGAGGCUGAGAGCACAGGGGUUAAAGAAGUAACUGUUGAGUCUGAAGAUGUCGCUGAAAAACAUGAAGAUGACAAAGUCGACGAGGCUCCAGCUGACACCGAUGUGGUGCAAAGUGAGGUGAAAGAAGGGCACGACAGUGUGGAAAAUCAAGACGAUUUGUCUAAAAAAGACUCAGAGCCGGAGACGUCUGGUGUGGAGAUAAAAGAAGACUCUAAAUCAGACGGCAGGAAGGACAACGAUGAAACCAAACAAGAUGAAAAUGGCAACAUAUCUGACCCUGAUAGUAUAAAUAGAGAUUCAGACUUGAUGAAAAACGGCAAUAACGUCAAAAGUAACUUCAGUGAGGUGAUGGUUGCUUCUUCUGGUGAUCAGGCACAAACAUCAACACCCGUCGCUGCAGAGUCGGACGAUACAGCUCACAAGUUAGACCAGUCUGCUGCACCAUCUGAGUCUAAAACAGACAGACAUCCUGAUUCUGCUGCAGUUGACCUUUCUGCCGUGGAUGGAGAAAACGGUGCAGACACAGAGGAGGCGAGCAAGGCCUCGGAGGAAGGAGCGAGCGUGCUGCUCAAACCUCAAGCACAGUCGUCACCGCUCGAUGAAAACACGGGGAAAAGCAUCGCAGGAGGUAAAGAAUCUCCAGAGGCAUUAGCAAGAGAAGAUCUGGUCACAAACUGGGUGACCAUGCAUCAAACAGCAAAGUUUUUCCAGACGUUUGUCGAACCUUUGGAAGAACUGAAAGAAUCUCAAGUGUCCAACUCUAAUGAAGAAGAGACACAGGCGACAGAGCUGCCCAGAUCAGAGAGUCCACUCAAGAUGCUGAAGAUGUCUCAGACUGAAGAACAAGAGUGCACAGAAAAACAUGAAAGUGAGUCAGGGGACAAAAGCAAAGAGAUUGAUGAAAAAAUUGAGAGCAAUCCGUCUGAAGAGAAAGACACACUGCAAGUAGAGGGGGAGACUGAGGUGAAAGACUUGGUUCCAGAAACACAGAGUGAACAUAAAGAGUCUGUGAACGGGCAUGAGAUGAGGUCAGAGGAGCAAAAAGGAAGCAGGGGAUCUCUGGGUGAGGAGAAGGUGCCAGAGAGUUUAAUUCAGGACGUCACUGAGCAAACUGACAUUUCCAAAACUGAGGUGGAAAGCAUUGAAGGUGCUCAUCAUUCAGAGACCAGCAGAAGACCUGAGAGUGUCAGUGAAACCCAAACUGAUGAGAAAACCGCCGACAAUGACUUGAAUGAAAAACAAACAGCAGUUGAAGAGGUGAAAGAUCUUCCACCUUCACCCCGGACAGACGAGCAUUUGUCGAGUCCAGAAGGACUUUCCAAGUCAAAUGAACUAAAAGACACAGAAGACACGUGCGGAAAAAGCGAUGAGCCAAGUCGAGAAGUUACAGAAAUAACCGAUUUUACGACAUCCAAGUCAGACGAUGGAAGUCACGAGGAGUCCGAACAUGCAGACACCCAACCCAAACCAUCAGACGCAAGCAUGAGUGAAGACAGAAAAGACUUGCAGCUGAUCCAAGACAUCAAACACACUCUCAGUAAAGACCGGCUGAGCACUUUCUCAGUGGAUGAAACACUGUUCAGCCCGAGUUCAUAUCCUCUGCUGACUGCUGCAAAGACACAGAGUCAACAUUAGAGCUGCACACGUCAGAGUGGGACUAAGGUACAGUGAUUAUUUUCUUUAGUUUUACAAGAAAACAUGCAUUACCUGUCAAAAGUCUAGACACACCC